GCCAUCAUGUGGACAAUGUGGAUAGUGCUGGCACUGUUCACUAGCCAAUGGGCUGAGAUAGAUGCAUUAAAUCAAGUCGUUUUCCCUCGUGCGUGUGUUAGCAGGCGACUUAUCAAUCGUUAUGGUUUAAACGAAGAAAUCUAUGGACUGGGAAAUUGUGGAGGCGGAAAAUCGAAUCAAAUGCGCCUUCCGCGUCGCGUCGAUCCCACUUUUCACGGAAACCCAAAGCCACGCGGAGAGCUGCUGGCCAACAAAUUUAACAUAAAUUUGUAUAGAUUUGAUCAGACCAACUCCCUUGUGUCGCUUGUCAACAAGAUAGCUCAGGAGUACUUAGAAAAGUGUCCACCGGUUAUAUAUUACGAUGCUUUUGUGGAAAAAUCGGAUGGACUGGUGUUGGAGACUCUAUUCAAGACCAUUCCUAUUACGUUUUACCAUGGCGAAAUUAAUUCCCGCUAUGAGGCCGAAAAUCGACACUUUACAAGUCAUAUCGACAGCAAUUGCAAGAGCUACAUUCUGUUUCUUUCGGACCCGCUGAUGGCACGUAAGAUUCUGGGGCCUCAGACAGAAAGCCGCGUGGUGCUCGUCUCACGGUCAACGCAGUGGAAGCUCCGUGACUUUCUGUCAUCGGAGCUGUCUUCAAAUAUUGUGAAUUUACUGGUUAUUGGAGAGUCGCUGAUGGCCGACCCAUUGCGUGAGCGUCCGUACGUAUUAUACACCCACAAGCUGUACUCAGAUGGUCUCGGCUCGAAUACACCCGUAGUGCUCACUAGCUGGAUAAAAGGCGCUCUAUCGCGGCCUCACAUUAAUCUCUUUCCUCCAAAAUUCCAAGCUGGCUUUGCAGGCCAUCGAUUUCAAGUGUCGGCUGCCAAUCAGCCGCCCUUCAUAUUUCGCAUACGUACUUUGGACUCUUCGGGCAUGACGCAGCUGAAAUGGGACGGCAUGGAGUUGCGGUUGUUGAAAAUGAUUUCGAAGCGUCUGAACUUCUCGGUGGAUAUCUCAGAGGCUCCUAGAGCGCCCGAUACUGGCAGCAUCAUUGACAACAUCCAGGCAGAGAUUGUCCAAAGGACAGUGGACAUUGGAAUGUCCGGUAUUUAUGUGACCGAGGAGCGUCUGCGGGAGACGGACAUGUCGGUGGGACACUCGCGCGAUUGUGCUGCUUUCAUAACCCUGGCGUCCAAGGCGCUGCCAAAGUAUAGGGCUAUCAUGGGCCCGUUCCAGUGGCCAGUUUGGGUGGCUCUUAUUUGCGUGUACUUAGGGGCCAUCGUUCCGAUUGUAUUCACCGACCGCUUGACGCUGAGUCAUUUGCUGGGAAACUGGGGAGAGGUGGAAAAUAUGUUUUGGUAUGUGUUUGGUAUGUUCACAAAUGCUUUUACCUUCACCGGAAAAUACUCGUGGAGCAAUACGCAGAAGAACUCCACACGAAUACUUAUCAGCGCCUAUUGGCUCUUCACGAUAAUCAUUACAUCUUGCUAUACCGGAUCGAUCAUAGCAUUUGUGACGCUGCCAGCAUUUCCAGAUACGGUUGACUCUGUCCUAGAUUUGCUUGGGCUCUUCUUUCGUGUUGGCACGCUGGACAAUGGAGGUUGGGAGACAUGGUUCCAAAAUUCUACACACAUUCCCACGUCACGGCUUUACAGGAAAAUGGAGUUCGUCGGGAGUCUGGAAGAAGGAAUCGGAAAUGUCACCCAAAGUUUCUUUUGGAAUUACGCAUUCCUUGGAUCAAAAGCACAGCUUGAAUACCUGGUCCAAUCCAAUUUCUCGGAUGAAAAUAUAUCCCGGCGAUCGGCACUUCAUCUGAGCGAAGAGUGUUUCGCUCUCUUCCAAAUUGGUUUUCUUUUUCCCCGAGAAUCCGUGUACAAGCGAAAAAUCGACUCUAUGAUUUUGCUGGCCCAGCAGAGCGGACUUAUAAGCAAAAUCAACAAUGAAGUAAGCUGGGUCAUGCAGCGUUCUACCUCAGGUCGCUUGCUGCAGGCCAGUUCGUCCAGCUCCCUGCGAGAAAUCUUCCAGGAGGAGCGCCAACUGACCACAGCGGACACGGAGGGGAUGUUUCUCCUAAUGGCACUCGGGUACUUUCUGGGCGGAACUGCCCUGGUAUCCGAAAUUGUGGGUGGAAUCACCAACAAGUGCCGGCAAAUCAUCAAACGUUCCCGUAAGUCAGCCUCCAGCGCUUGGUCCUCCCAAAACAGUUCCGCACUUGCACCAGGUGGAAAGCGCACCUCUGUCCAGCAAAUGGAGCACGAUGAACGCAAGGCGGCGCGUCGCGACGUGCCGGACGAAAAUGGCCCGAAAAUGAGUUUCGGAAUGCGAGAGUUUAAUUUGACCCGCACAACGUUUCGCGAAUUAUAUGGGAAUUACAGCAGAGCAGAUCAGCAACAAAGCUGUGGCCAGCAUUCGGAUGAUGUGCAGUCCCACGCGCAUGCCAACCAGGACGAAUCCCUGGAUUGUUUGGAUGAGUUAAUAGCUCAUUUGGAGAAGACCGAAGCCCAAAGUGAGCCUUCUAACGAAUAUUUUGGUCCAAACACUGGCACUACACAAUCCUAAACAAAAAAAUGGCGCAAGUUAUCAACUGUAGUUAUCGAUUUAUCGGUGAAAAAUUAAUAUCACAUACAUAUAAAUAAAUACAUCAGGGUGA